AGCCGUCUAUUUCCUCUCUUCUUUCUGCUGAAAGACCACAGAGCUUCUCUGAAGGAGGGGGAGGUGUGUUGUCUAUAAGACCCCCCCGUCCCAGACUCCACUGAUCAAAGGCUACUCGGGCGUGAGUUAGUCCAAGAUGAGACUCGGCCCGGUUCUCCUCUGCUUGGCCCCCUGGAUGACCGCCGUCCUGGCAGCUCAAAGGAGUGCUGGGACCUGCUGCCCCGGCCUGUCCAAGACCAUGGUGCCGCUGAAGAACGUCCUCAACUACACCAUCCAGCACGUGGGGGUGUGCACCAUCAGGGCCGUAGUGUUGUACACUCGAGGCAAAAAGACAAUUUGUGCGGACCCUAACAGAUGUUGGACACAGAACGCCAUGUUGAAAGUGGAUGGAGGACUUGUGCGGCAGAGUGGAGGAACUUCCAAGUCCACCAGCGGCAGUGUGACAUCACCACUCUGCACCAGGUCCAGAAAAGGAGGCAAGGGAAAAUUGAGGAAACUUAGAAGGCGACGGCCAAAAACUGCCAAAAAAAAAGCAAAAAACUAGUCUCCUGUGAUAUCACUUUGUCUUUAAAAAAUGUUUAUGUUCACAUAAAAAGUAACAAGUACCUCAA